AUGUGGCAUUUUUCUCGCUGCCUCGGCGCCGUGCUGCGGAAGAACUUCACCCUCAAGUCGCGGCAAUGGGCUCCGGCGCUGCUGGAGUUGCUGUUGCCCGUGGCGCUGAUGGGGCUGUUGAUCUGGAUCCGCAGCGAGGUGCAGAAGGAAGACGUGCCGGCGCGGAACUACGUGAAUGCUCCCGCGAACAAUCCCACCUGGUUUUCGGCGGACGCCCUGGACGUGGAACAGAUCCCAGGGUUGCCUCCCGCCCUGCAGAAGCAGCUCCAGCAGCUCUGCAAUCUGCCGGACAGUGGCCUUUGCCCCGAAAUCUUCGCGAAUGCGACCUGGGGCCUCAGGAAGGAGCAUUACACAGGCUCAGCACUGGACGGGCUUUUGCCCUUGCAUUUGGCCCAGCGGGGGCUGCGCUUGGGGAUCGUGGGCAGCGCAGGCCAAACCCUCUACGACUUCGUGGCGUCGCUGCCCAACUACCGGAGCCUCACACAGUACUUCGACUCCCAGGAGUCUUACGAGAAGUACUUGGCAAACCAUGACUACGGCUUCGACAAGCAGAAUCCAGCGCUCUUCGGCGCCAUUGUGGUACAGUCCGCUGCCGAGUGCACAGGAAGCGGCUGUGCUGGGGAUUGGGAGAUUGUGAUCCAUCUCAACACGACGGGACCCAGCACGUCAACGGCGGACAUCCAAGGAGCCACAGACAUCAACACGAAGCUCACACCAGAGGUCAGCACUCUCAACAAAGGCUUGAAGAUGUCAACAUCAAAGAUCUACUGGUCUGGUGGCCUCUCCCACUCCUUGGGGUUGGCGUUGCCCACGGGCGGCCUCAUCGAUCUCCAGAGCUUGGUCUAUGCGUGGAUCUUCAACGCCACCGGCGCCUAUCAGUUACCCUCGGGCCACGAGCUGCCGGGCUGUAGCUGUGUGGAUGAGACUGGGAAAGAGACGGAGGAGCUCAGCCGUUGCAACCGCAGCGCCUUGUUCCAAACCGCGAUCCGCUCGCUGACGCCCUACUGGUCGACGCAAGCGCUGGGCUCGAAGGCUGGCUGCCUGGGCCGCCUGAGCGGGAUCUUGCCGGUCGGCGUUCGGGAGAUCCCCUUUCCCACUCCGAGCUACACCGAUGACCCUUUCGCUUCCUUUGUGGAGAGCGUGUUCGGACUCUUUUUUGUGCUCGUCUUCAUUUGGCCCCUGACUCGCAUCAUGAAGAGCCUGGUGGAGGACAAGGAGGCUCGCAUCAAUGAGGUGAUGAAGAUGAUGGGCAUGCCAGCAGAGGCCAUUCUGCUGGGCUGGUAUGUGACCUACGGUCUUCUUUGGGCCGUCCCAGCCGCUUUGAUGACGCUGGUGUGUUGGAACUCGGUCUUCCAACACAGCGACAAGUUCGUGGUCUUCCUCUUCUUCUGGCUCUUCGGCGUUUGUGUGGUGACGCUCUGCUCCUUCAUUGCCGUCUUCUUCUCCAAAGCGAAGACAGCGAGUGUGGUGGGAGCGCUGCUCUUCUUUUUGCUCUACUUCCCCUUUCUCUUCGUGUCCAACAGCGGCGCCUCGGUGGCCACGAAAGCCCUGGCCUCGCUGUCGCCGCCGGUGGCGCUCUCCAUCGGUGCGGGCUUGAUCGCCGAGUUCGAGAGCGCAGGGGUAGGAGUUCGCUGGUCGAACAUGGACGAGGCGAUCGACAAUAGCUCCAUGGGCCAAGUGCUCGCGAUGCUUUUGGUCGACACCGCGCUCUUUGCCAUCCUGGCGUGGUACUUGGAUAAGGUGCUGGUCGUGGGAUUCGGCACGCGACAGCCCUGGUGGUUUUGCUGCUCCAAGCGCUUCUGGAACCCUGAGAACAGCAGCUUGACGGAGGAGGAGCUCCAUGACUUGGAGGAAGGCUUCAAUGACCUUCAGCCUCCCAACGCCAGGUACGAAGCGGUGCCGGAGUCCAUGGCAGCUCAACGGAGCGUCCUGGUGCGCGACCUCUCCAAGGACUUCCACACGGCAGACCGGAAGGUGCUGAAAGCGGUGCAAGAGGUGAACUUGAACCUCUACAGCGGGCAGAUCUUCUGCUUGCUGGGCCACAACGGUGCAGGAAAGACCACCACCAUCAACAUGCUCAGCGGCAUGCUCCCUGUGAGCUCAGGUGAUGCGAUCGUCUACGGGAAGUCGGUGCGGCGGGACAUGCAGCAGAUCCGGAAGAUGCUGGGAGUGUGCCCGCAACACGACGUGAUUUGGCCCAGCCUCACGGUGCGGGAGCACCUGGAGUUCUUCGCGCAAGCGAAGGGGAUCCCUUCCAACUCCGUGGGUGCUGAGGUGAACGCCUUGAUCGCGGAUGUGAGCUUGCAAGAGAAGGAGGACGCGCUGGCGGGCACCUUGAGCGGCGGGCAGAAGCGGCGGCUCUCCGCCGCCGUCGCGCUGAUCGGCGGAUCGCAGGUCGUCUUCUUGGAUGAGCCUGGGACUGCGGUGGCGGGGGGUGGCAAGAACUGGUCGCACCGGUCUCUCUCUCGCGCCGGUCACGUCCGGUCCGACUGUGGUGCCAUGGCGGCGGCCGAUGGGGUGGAGUUCGCGCGGGAGCAGCCCCUGCUGCAGCGGGAGGCUGCGCUGGGAUUGGGUGGAUGGGUGGAAGGAAUGAGCGAAAACCAACGGAUCCGGGAUCCGGAGGGUAGGGAUCCGGAGAGGCUCCUCUUCUGCUGGGCCUUUCUCGUCUUCUGGCGCGGCUUCCGGCGCGGGCGCACGGACUUGCCGGACCUGCCGCCGGUCCCCGAACGGGAUCGAGCCUUGGCGCCAAGGUCACCCUGCUAG